UUCAGUAUAUUUUCGUAGUUGUAGGCGCGGUCACACUCCGCCUUUGGUGAUUCAGUGGUUACUUUUUUUGUCUGUUUAUGGCCUCUGUAAACACGGGAUUCGAAUUCGCCUAAAAGGAACGGAACGGAACGACCAGGAGGAGAUCAAAAUGACCUCGUACGUGCGCGCAAUGUACGACUUUAGUGGGGAACCGGGGUCCUCGGAGCUUUCGAUAGCGACGGGCGAUGUACUCUCGGUGACGCGGAGCGACGUGGGUGAAGGUUGGUGGGAGGGAAAGAACGCCCGGGGCCAGAUUGGCCUCUUCCCGGCGGCCUACGUGGAGGUGAUGUCGGCGGCAGAGGCCCAGAAAUUGAGUGCCAGUGGAGCUACCUCAGUGCCACAGGUUCCGGAUCCGUUUGCCUCGCCCCCACUGCCUCGUUACGAUCAAACGGCCGAUGACGAUGGAAGCAAUUGGGAUGACGAGGACGAUUGGAGCGAUGACAACGAAACGUACUCAGAGAUUGGUCCCGGUGGCCAAAAGUCCACUGGGCAGUCGGCACGCGCUGGAGGAUUGUCGCAUUCCACCAGCGAUUACGAUAACAAACACCUACCUAUCGCACCCAGUGACGACACCCAAUCAUUAGCCUCCGUGGCUGGUGGAACUGGUGCGGCCGGGACCGUAAAAAAGGGCAUGUUCGCCAAGAGUUCCGAUUCCUAUAUACUCGGUUUGUCCAGUCCCAAGGAGAAGAUACCAGAAUGCGAGAUGGCCUACAUCACACAAGUGGAGGACUCUAUCUACCAAUGGACGCAGAAUCAUUCGCCCUAUUCCGUUAUAGUAGCCAGCCCCAAAAAAGAGUCAAAAUUCAAGGGAAUGAAGACGUUCAUUGCAUAUCAACUGACUCCUAGCUUCAACAAUAUAUCCGUGUCGCGUCGUUACAAGCAUUUCGACUGGCUGCACGAGCGUUUGGUGGACAAGUUCUGUUUGAUUCCCGUGCCACCGUUGCCGGACAAGCAGAUAUCCGGACGUUAUGAAGAGCAAUUCGUGGAGCAUCGACGGGUUCAGCUGCAGGAGUUCGUCGACUGGGUGUGCCGCCAUCCGGUGAUUUCCAAGUGCGAGGUAUGGUACCAUUUCUUGACCUGCCGCGAUGAAAAGAUUUGGAAGUCCGGCAAGCGUAAAGCGGAGCGCGAUCCCUACAUGGGAGUUAACUAUUGUUUGGCAAUCUCGCCGCCGGACAAGAAUCUACUGCACUCGAAGGUGGACUCCCAGUUGGAGCUUGGUACGCAGUUCAUCCAUAGCAUGGAUGUGGCCGUACGCAACCUGAACAAUAUUUCCAACGACAUGGCCAAGCGUUCAAUGACGCAGAGUAAAAAGGAAUUCCAGCGCAUCGGUGACGGCCUUUCUGACCUGGCCAAGGCAUUGGCCAUCGACGAGCGUCGUGCACCCACCCGGAACGCGGUACCGCUUUCCGAGAGCGUCGGUCGCAUCGGUGGCAUCUUUAUUGGUAUUGGCCAGGGCUUUGGCGACCAACCAAAACAUGAUUGGAUCCCUCUCUCUGAUCGACUACACAUCUACAGGGGCGUUCUCAAUUGCUUUCCGGAUAUAUUCUCCACGCACAAGGGUGCCAUUCAGAAGCGUAAGGACUGCGAACGAUUGGCCGGAGAGGGUAAGAUGAAUAAUCCCCAACUGCACGACGUAAACCGGCGCACGGAUGUUGUCUCGUACACGGUUCUUGCUGAGCUGACCCACUUUAAGAGCGAGCGGGAUACGCAUUUGAAGCACACGCUUAAGAAUUUCAUUGCCGAACAGAUUAAGUUCUACCAGGGCGUGGUGGCGCGCCUGCAGGAGGCCAGCCGUCAGAUCGAGUAGAUUGACCAUUCGACGUCUUAUCGCUGGAGAUCGGCUGGGAGCACAAAGAAACAAAGAAACCAUACCGAGCACACACUUCCACUGAGAAACACACAGAUUUACAUAGCUGAAAACAUUCGCACGCGCGCAUUUCAAAUGCCUUAGAAAGGAACUCUUACUUUAAGCGUGGUUCUAACUAUUUAAAUGUUUAACAAACAAAAAAAAAGAAGAAAAACAAAACAAAAAAUACAUUAUGUAAUGUUGUUUGUAAGUGAAAAGUUGCGUAUUUAUACAGAAAUUAACUUUUAUAUGCCUAUUAUACACUGAACUUGAAAAGCAAAUAUAAUUAUAUUUAUACAAAA